CGUGAAUAUGGGAGAAAAUAGUUGCUUAUAUAAAAUAACGAAAAAUGAUCAACUCGGGCGUUACAUUAUCGCAGCAAAAAAUAUUAAACAAGGGCAACUGAUUUUGAAAGAAAAUCCCGUUAUAUUGUGUCCACAAAUAGGAGGAUGCACAAUAUGCUUCAACUGUUGCGCUCAAAUUAAAAAAGUGCAAUUUUGUUCUGAGUGUGCCGUUGCUGUUUUAUGCAGUUCAGAGUGCAAAGGUCAGUUUCACACCCCUCAAGAAUGCUCAGUUAUAAUAAAGAAAACCCCUAUCAAACGUGAAGAUCUGCUUACAAACCCGGAAAUCGUUACCCCUUUUCGAUAUUUACUGUGGCGCCACUUCAACAAAGAAUUGUUUCAAGCUGUACUUCAACUCGAAAAUCAUCUUGAGCUUCGCCGCGACUCGCAGAUUUGGCGAAGGACUCAUAUUAACGUGGAGAAUGUCUUGCAUGAGUUGAAAAUGGUGGAUGACGCCGAUUUAAAGAAUGAAAUAGUGCAGAAAAUUUGCGCCGUUCUUGAUAUUAACACUUUUGAAGUGAGGCAACCGCAGAGAAAUCGGUCCGGUUUUAAUCCGGGUGAAAAUUUGAGGGGUUUGUAUCUUAGUGCUGCAAUGAUGGCACAUGACUGUGUGGCCAACGUGCAUUUAGCUGUGGAUGAUGAGUUUGUCUUGUAUGUGCACGCUGCUGUCGACAUUCCUGAAGGGGCUCCUAUUCUUUUUAAUUACGCCAAUGUGCUGCAGGGUAACGAAGAAAGGCAAAGUCAGCUUAAAGAUGGAAAAUAUUUCUUCUGCAGCUGUUCAAGAUGUACAGAUCCCACAGAACUUGGUACCGAAAUGAGUUCUUUGAAAUGUCCUCGGUGCCAUAAAGGUUUUAUUCGACCGAAAUCAUGGCAGUGUUCACUUUGUCAACGCAUUUAUCACAGUUCCUUGAUAAAAAUGACGUUAGCGGAAUGUCGAAGACGAAUUGAUGAAAUAAGAUCACCGGACAUACGGACCCUUGAAAAACUGCUGCAAAAGCUUUCCUUUACUUUUCAUCCUCAUCACUACCUAAUUUUAGAGGUUGAACAAAAUUUAAUCGGACUGUACACUCAAAGCCCACCCGAGACUAAGAAUUUGCGGCGAAAGAUUGAAAUGUGCAACAAAUUUUUAGACAUAUUUCGGAAAAUUGAACCAGGCAUUUCUCGAAUUCAGGCAAUUGGUUUAUACGAACUCCAUUCUGCCGUCGUCAGUUUAGCUGAAAGAAUUUACAAGAGCAAGGAAACUGACAAAGAAGGCUUCAUGAAGAUGCUCUUACUGGCCGAAAGCACCCUUAAAAAUUCCAUUAAGUCUUUACUGUACGAGCCAGUUAAAAGCCCUGAAGGUCGACUAGCUCAAAACGCUCUUUCUGAAUUGAAAAUGUUGAGAGCAACCAUCAGCAACUUUCAGUCAGAGGAAAAGAAGGUGGAGAAAAAGAAAAGCAACAAGGGAAACAAAAAGAAAAAAUAAUUUUUAUUGGACUUUGA